GAUGGAUGACCUAGAAAUGCUCAGUGAGAAGAUGACAGUAGCUGGGAGUAUUGUAUACCUGACUGAUGAUGCAGAUUCACCAGACGGAAUGAAGAAAGCAGGAGAUGAAAAAGAACCAAUGCUGAAAGAGGAAGACAGAAGAAAGAGUGAUCCUGGAAUUCUUCCAUCACCCAUGGCUUGUGCUUCAUUCUUCUCUAAAUAUAUUACAAUGUGGUGAGAACUUUUAUUGCUGGAGAUUUGAUGUAUAUAUACCCAUUCCAAUCAAACAUUUGUUUACAAUGAUCACCUUCCAGAAAUAGCUAGAUGACCAUUUUAAAGAGAAUGUCUAUUAAAUAGAGGUCUACAGGAAAAACAUGCUACAGAGGUGAAUUAUAUCAAACGUAUUUGAAGUUCAUGCCUGCCCAAUAGAUGUUAGCAAAGCAAACAUCUCUUUAAUCAUCAUCAACAGAGAUGCCACAUGAAGCCAAAUAAAUCAACCAUGAUAGUAGGGAAUCUGGAAUUUUGCAGCUUAAUAGAACAAAUUACUAAGGGUAUGCUUGAAACUGAAAAUGCCCAUGCCCAUGCUAGAUUUUUUUUGCCAAUAGCAAUUUUAGUAGACAUUUUUUUGAUUAGGAUGGACUGCAAUAGAAUUUGCAAUUUUGGAAGUCAACAGGGUGAUGUGCUAGCUUGACAGAGGCUUUUUGAAAAUUGAAAGGUCUAAGGAUCUUAUUUCCUUAGUGCAGGCAUUCUGUUUUUUUCUUUGUGCGUUCUCUUUUAUGUGGUAAAUUGUUGUUUAUAAAUUAAAAGGUGGUUAAACAGCCUCCUCAAAAAGGGAUCAAAGCAACCACUUGAAGCCAAGGAUCUAUAUGCCAUCUUGGAAGGAGAACAAACUGAGACAGUUACAGAUGCAUUAGAAUGGUACACAGUCACACAGUGUUAUUAGAGAUGGGUACUUAGUCAUUAUUUUAACAACCUUCAAAGUACACACACUGCUCACAAGAGAAUAGAAAGUGAAACCUGCCCAUUUAUAUCAUCAUGAUGCUAUAUGCUAUGUAUAUCACUGAAAAAUGAUCUAAUCCUGUAUCAUGAAGCAAGUUGUAAUAUUUUUGUAACUCAGGUCAGGUCAAAAAAUGGCAGACAUUAUUUACUUUUGUAACAGUGAGUAAAAUAAUCUAAAAUUCAGAAAUGUAUAAAUAACAUUUAAUGUAAAAUAACAUCAUCUCUUUUCUUAAAUCCCUGUCAUGUCUGAUUUUUUGUUUGAACUAAUUAUUAUCCACCCUGUCUGAUUUAGAAUUUUUGAUUUUCAGUGAAUGGGAAAAGGAAAUGUAUAAAGCUAACCAGCAAGGAAAAUAUCCCAGCUUUCUGUCAGCAUUAAGAAGAACCUUUGGUGUUGGUUAUUCUCUGUUAGGUCUUGUAGCACUUAUGCGUGUAAGUUUGACUCCUUUUGAUGCACAUAAUUACUACUGUUGACAACUAACGGUAUUUGCUUCAUUAGUAAUGUUUACUCAUAACCAAUUUACACUGUAUACUACUGGUGUUUCACCUUGGGUGAUUUUUUCACAAUAUACACUGUACACCUUGUGAUGUGUCCACAGGACAUUCUCAAAAUAGCUGGACCUAUCUUCUUGGGCCAACUUGUACGCUAUUUUGUGGAAGAUUCUCCCAUCUCAACAGGAGAUGCUUACCUUUAUGCUACUGGUUUAAUUUUGUGCUCUCUGAUGUCAAGUAUGUUCAAUGCCCCUUUCACCUUCAUGUCUCAAGUUUAUGGCAUGAGGAUAAGAGUGGCUUGCACUGGUCUUGUAUAUAGAAAGGUGAGUGCACUGAGGUCUAGUGUAGUUGUUGAUCCAAAGCACCUUUGCUCAGUUUCUCUCAAUGAUUUAUUUGUGAUUAAACUAUCAGCUCUUCUCUUUUUUAACUAUACAUUUUACAUAUCAGUCUCUUAAACUUAGCACUGCUGCCCUUCAUGGUACAACUACUGGUAACAUUGUAAACCUGAUAUCCAGUGAUACUCAGAAAUUUGAUUGGGUAUGUACAUGUAAAACAGCCAACAAUAGUAAGACUAUUUUGCAUUUACUGGAUGUAGCAAUUCUUCCAUGUUUGCUAUUUUACAGAGUUUGACUAAUUGUUUUGGGUUGUGGGUGAUGGGUACAGUGCAUGAAUUGUGGGUGUGCACUCAUGUCAUCAGUGAUCAGUAAAAAAGUGAUAUAUAUAUAUAUAUAUAUAUAUAUAUAUAUAUAUAUAUAAUUUGAAGGAAGAAAUUAUAUAUUUGACAAAAGAGAAAAAGUAUUAUUAAUUCACAACAAAUUAGUUUGAAAGCAUUUCUUGCUCAAGAAAAAGGUUGCAUUCCCCCUCUUGACACUUAAAAAUAUUCCAAUCACUGAAGAUUCAUUUCAGAUGAAAUUGGCCGUUCAUUAAUCUAGUUAUAUUGAAGAAAUGUAAAAUGGUGUCCGUGUUUACAUAGCCUGAUGUAAACACGCGGGAGGUUGGGAGAACAAGAGAUAAGCGUAGGAAACCACGACGCGAAGCAACAAACUUAAAGAAACUGAGUUACUGCUAAAUAAAUAGCAGGGAGAACUCCGCAAGAAGAUUCAGUGUGAAAACCGUGUUUACAUACGCUCAUGUAAAAUGGUUUUAUGGCCAAUCAGAGCGCGCGUACUAUUUGAAUUAUUUUAUAAAUUAUUGUUAUUCACAAAUGUGCACUUUUGGAAAGCAAUCAUGAAUAAGUUGUUAAACCCCUGUGGAGGAACAUUUGUGAAGAAAACCACAAAAAGCUUAACAGGGUAAUUUAGUAUUAUCAACUGAGUUUAAAACGUAAAUUGGCAACCGUAAAGAGUGAAGCGAUCAGUUUAAGAAUGAUAGAAUUAACUGCUUGAAUGAAAACCUAUUUAUAACUUUAAAUUACUUAAAAACGAUUUAGACACUGGUUCCAUCUUUUCGCAACUUUUUUGGUCAGAAGUUCAUUCAAAGUAAUGAACAACCUGGAAUUUUCAAAUGCGCUCGCCCACGAUGCAAAACUUGUCCUUUCAUUAACAACGUAGAGAAAAUAUCUGGACUCAAGAGAUCCAUUAGGAUCACUGAUCAUUUUACGUGCACCUCUGUCAAUGUCUACUACAUAACUUGCACUAAUCGCAAAAAGUUAUAUUGGUGAAACCGGAAGACGAUUAGGUGACUGAUUUCGAGAACAUUUCCGCGACGCAUCCAAACCAGUCGCUAGGCACUUUAAGGUCCCUAACAAUUUUUAAGUAGCAUAUGGCAGUUUGCGGCCUUUCCCUACAUCAAGGCAGUUCGGAAAGCCGCAAAACUCUAGAACAAAUAUUUAUCUUUUCAGGGAAAUUCUGUGUAAAUUUGAGACUGCAAGGCAUUUAGUCUAUUUGAGACCGUGCCCGGCUGCCGGGCAUUUAGCCACAGCGUUUUUUUAAUAUAACGAAGAAUACUUCUUGUUUGUGCACUUUGUGCGGUGCUCUUAAAACGAGGAAUUCCUAAUUUGCUCGUCUAAAGUUUCAAAUGAGGGCUCAAAGAUCACCAGAAAAAAAUUGAACUCGGAGCCUACCAUCUUUUUGCACUAUUUCAUUCUAAGUAUCGGUGUAAAAUAACAAUUGAAGUAGUCAACUGUCGGAAUCGGCAAAAUUACGUAAUUGCAAUAUUUAAUAUUCGGGUCUUAGACAGAAAAAUGAGAGCUACUUUCAAUUCUAUAAGGCGUUAUUCCUGAGUCAAAAGAUCGCCCCUUAAAUUUUUAUAAAAGAAAACGUUUCUGACAAUAAACAACGGCAGCUGAGAAAGAGUGUUUCGCCCUCUUCUCGAACCCUGUAUGUGUUCGCUAGCUAUGACCGGCUGACCGAAUUAAAAGGGGACGAAGAUUCCCGCGCUAGUUCGAGAUAACUACGCAUCAGAGGUGCAAGUGGCCUUUAAGCGAAAAAACAACGUUUUAAAAGAACGUUAAAAAAACGUUAAUCGCUAGAUACGCAGCUGCUAACUGACUUUACUGAACAUAACCUAAAGAACUUGGACAACUGAAUAUCUUUAUACUGCUAUUUACAUAACAUUACAUAACGAAAAGUGAUCAAAAUUAAUUCUUCCCAAGUUAACAAUACACAAUCAACGCUAAGUUCGGGUCCUAUUUGCAUUUAACAUCACAAGAGGAGUGCAGAAUUGCUUUUUGUGUACUUCGGGUGGUGCUUUUAGUAGAAAGAGGAAUGCACUUGCUGUUGUGCACUUCGCGUGGUGCUUUUGAGUAGAACGAAGAAUAUACUCUUUUCAUUUGUGUACUACGCGCCGUGCUUUUAGAACGAGGGAUGCUCUAGUUGUUUGUGCACGUUCCACGGUACAUUUUGAACGAGGAAUACUCUUGUUGUUUGUGCACUUCGCGCGGUGAUUUUAGAACGAGGAAUACUCUUGUUUUUUGUAUACUUUGCAAACUUUUGUCAUUUGUGCACUUCGGGUGGUACUUUAAGAAGGAGAUAAUACUCUUAUUGGUUGUGUACUUCGCGGAGAGGGUUUUGGUAGAACGUAGAAUGCCCUUGCCAUUUGUGCACUGCACGCCGUGCCUUUAGAACGAGGGAUACUAUUCUUGUUUGUGCAAUUCGCGCGGUACAUUUGGAACGAAGAAUACUCUUGUUCAGUGUAAUAAAGUAUGUGGUUCUUGUUCAUCGUGGUGUGAGAUAGAAGAUGAACUAGAUGAACCUUAUUCGUUUGUCUCACGACGGAUGUAGAUCGCGACGUUUCGACUGCAAUACUGCUAGUCUUACGUCAGGCGAUGAGGUAGAUUGUUUACGUGUCGCCAUUUGUAGAACGUUGGUUCGCUGCUAUUGGUGCAUUUCGAUCCUCGUUAUUAUUCCGGUUGUUAGAUGGUGUUCCCUCAUAGGACCUUAUAGAUCGGCUGUUGUGUUGUUUGAUCGUGGGUAUGGAAGCUUCGGGAAUUUCGAUUCCACUAUCCCUAUUGAUGCUGUUGGGAUGAAGUCAUAUAUGGAUAGCUUCUUUGACCCUGCGACUCUUGAUUGCAUUAGACGAUCCGUGCAGGUCGUACGGAUCGUUAAACUUUCUUGGCCAAAGCUGUAAUGAGAUUCACCAUGGAUGGAAAAGUUCCAAUUUUUUCUAGAUUAAUUAUUUUUUCUAAAUUCACUUGUCGUGCUUGUUAUUAUUUUUUUAUAAUAAUUUUCCAUUACUUGUACCCACACCCACAACCUAUGACAUUAGUCAAACUAUACUUGACAUACAUGUCACACUACAUUUACUUUGAAAGACUUUGUAUAGACAAUUAACAUAUGCAUUUUCAACUGUAUUUUCAAUGAUGUACCAAAAUAAAUCAAGUCUGUUAUCUGUGUAUGCAUAUGAGAAUUUUGUUAUUCCACUUUAUUUCAUCUUGUACACAGUCAAAUCCAUGAUUAUCAGGAUAUAUUUCUUACACUUUGUUUACGUAAAUUUGCUUUCAGACAGCACCUAAUCUGCAUUACCUAAUGAUUGGUCCAGUAAUAGCUGUUAUUGUUUUGGUGGUGCUAUGGUUGCAAAUCGGUCCAUCAGCCCUGGCUGGGAUGGGGUUGAUCUUGUUGUUGGCUGCCAUGCAGCUUAAAAUGGGCAACACUCUCUUCUCAUUCAGGUUAGCUCCUUAGGAUAUUGUUUACUAGCAUGUGACUUUUGAGCUAAGUUAUUGCUGUGACGACUGCAGGGACUUGAACUGCACUUCAAGCUUUGACCAUUUUUGUCUCUAUGAUGAGUAGAAAAAUGUUGGUGACUAAUGUAUGUUUGUUUGUUUGGCGAUUAUGUCGCCAGCUUUAAUGUUAUCAUUACUAAUAUUAUUUUUAAUUAUGGUCUCAAGUUAAAGUGAGUCUUUCUCUUUCCCUCUUAAUUUUUCUCUUUCGUCUGGCUUGUCCAGAUACUAAGACUACUAAGCCAUACUGCCUUCAUUUAAAGUUGGUGUAUUUCAAGAAGUGUGCUUCAUGGAGCUCAGUAUUACAGCAUUUUCAUUUUUUCCUUCAUUGGCGAUGAAAAUUUUAUUCCACUCUUGCACGAGACAGUGAAUAUGUUUGAGCAUCUUUAAUGAAGAAACGAGAAGCUCCUGAGGGCUCAAGGAAAGCGCUUGAGGGCUCAAGGAAAGCCUCUGGGUAGAGAAAGAGGGUAAAGAAACAACUGGAACAAUCAAACGAACAAAAAAAAGUGAUUGGUAACUGGUCGAGUCUUCCGAAAAUCUUUCCCAAGCUAAUGUUGCCUGAAACCAGAGUCAUGUCGUCCAAAUUUUUAUUUCUAGUCGCCCGAAUUCCAAGGUCAUGUUCCCCUUAGAAACAAUCUCAUAUAGGAUCAGACUUACAGUCUGUAAAUAGACAAUAAAGUUGAGAAAUCUUCAUCAUUCAAGCAGCGUUCGUUUCCGACAACAGCGUGCAGAAUUUGACUACACAGAAAUUAUCACUGAUCCUGACAGCUCUCUGGAGCAGCGAAUUUCCAGAUUUCUAAUAUCGUAUCGGACCAAUUCACGUGCCACUAAAGGAACAUCACCUGCCAAGGGUGGGGAGAGAAAUCUGAACCCGUUUGUCUUUGACAUGGCCUGAUCUUGCUAAUUACGUGGCCUGCCAACAAGACAAGAUGAAAUACAAUCAUGACAUGCAGGCCAAGUUCGGAGAUGUGGCUCCAGGUGACAUUGUAUUGACACAAGACCAUUUAUCCAGUCGCAAGUGUCUACCUGGCAGACCGGUGAUAUAACAGGGUUAUUUGGUGUUAUCAAAUGAGUUGAAAGCGUAAAUUGGUCACCGUAAAGAGUUUAAAGGCUGACGUUUUGAGCGUUAGCCCUUCAUCAGAGCGAUUGGGGAAUUUUGUGGGUUUAUUCGCAGAAAAUGGAGCUAUGCUAUUGGUGGGAAUAUGGUGACGAGAAAACAAGAAUAAAUAAGUUGAAUGAAAAGCGCUCGUUGAUACCGUGGCGAUAAAGAGUGCCGAUUUGGAAGAUGAAUUUUUGUUCUGGAGUUUUACGGCUUUCCGAACUGCCUACAUCCACGCAGUUCGGAAAGCUGCGAAUCACGGUACCAAUGAGUCGUAUCAUUGGGCGGUAUCAACCCACGCAACGCAGCACCACAGUUUCUUUAGAAACUUAACCCUUUAUUCAUUAGUGAUAAAGCAGACAGCACCUCAGUCUUAUUGCUUCAGUUGGACGAUGGACGGACUUGGAGGCGACACCUAGAUGAUGUUCUUCUGAACGAUCGCACUCCAGGAAACACUAAAGAAGAAACAGCCUCCAUCAGUAGAGAUCAACAAGAUCCUUCUCUAAAGAGGCCCAAGAAGAUUAUAGACCAAAUAAGCUACCCUCAACCUCUGCUUCUAUUAGUCUUGAACCAUGCAGAUCCAGACGCAUAGCAAACCUCCUCGAAGAUCGAUCGUAGAAAUCUGAGCAAACUUUGUGCGCUCGCCCCCCACUACUGUGGCCUGGGUUAGAUUCCUGGACCUGAGUUUGCUGUUGGUUCUAGUCCUUGCUCUAAAGGUUUUCCAGAUUUCCUCCUUCCGCUAAAACCAACAUUCCAAAUUUCUAUUCGACUUGGAAACAGUGGACAGAAAGAGCCACCUCGUGGAUUGUCCACCGCUAAAUCAUUAUUGAUCAUUAUUAUUCAUUAUUCGAUGUCAGUCAACAAUUAGUCAGGCGUAGCAUGUAGGCGGGGAUUAAGUUAUUCCCCAAGGAAUAACUUAAUGAGUCCCAUAAAGUGGCGAGUCUAAUAUGUAAUGUGUCCCAUUACAGUAAAGGUAGUAGUUGACUCAAUACGUGAAAUUUUACGUACUUGGAAAACUUUUUGAAAUUAUUUAAAGGAUUAGAAAGCAUGAUAUUCAGUGAAAACAUAAAAAUAGCAGAGAAUUAUGGAAGAUAGUUUGCAGGGCUUCUCUAGUGUUGUACUCAGUAAGUUGUCCAGAGGAAGUCGUGAGAUUUAUUUUCUCUAAUUGUGCUUCUAGGACAAAAGCAAUACACUGGAUGGAUGAACGGGUGAAAGUUAUGAAUGAAAUUAUAGCUGGAAUGCGUGUCAUAAAAAUGUACACAUGGGAAGAUUCAUUUUCAAAUUGGAUCAGACAAAUACGAAAGUAAGUUUCCUGCCCUGGAUUUCUAUAGAAAAUUUUAAAUAACAAGUCUUCUAAGAACUAGAACAUUUAAUUGGUAAAUCUGCCUCUUUUCAUUUCAUGUAUAGUCUCCCUAAAUAAACAUAUUUAUUUGGGGAAAUGUUGUAUAACGUAAGUAGUCAGGAUGUGCAACUGACUUAUCAGUAAUGUGCUUUAUGAGCUCCCUUGUGAAGUGCAGUAGUAGAAAGUUCUCUUUCUAAGACCCUUGCAGAUGGGAAAAUACGAAAUUAAGAAUAUGAAGCACACACCCUAAAUUCCUGUUGAAUCCUGAUGAAUUUGAUGAAUCGUAGCAAAAACUUCCCAACUUUAUAUGGAGAGAAAGAAAAUGAUGUUUUAUUCUUGCUACCUGCAGAGAAGCCAAAUUAUUUGAUUUUAUCUGUCUACUGCUUGUAAUUAUUUGCCUAUUUGUUGCUUGCAUUUUAGUAAUAGUUGUUAGGAGUAUUAAGCAAUGUCAUCUCAAUUUGUUUUUCUACUUGCAGAAGUGAACUUAAGUGGUUUCUGAAGCUGAGUUUCAUUCAAGGAGCCUUCCAGUCAUUUUUCUUUAGCUCAUCAGUUGUUAUUAGCUUUGUGACGUUUAUGACCUAUGUCCUGACUGGGGAAGUUUUAAAGGCACAAACAGUAUUCACCUGCAUAUCUCUGUUCAACAUCAUGCGAGUUGUAAUGGCCCUGCAGUUUCCAAUAGCAAUCACUCUGUUGAAUGAAUGCCGAGUGUCAGUAAAAAGGAUGGAGGUGUCUAAUGAUAAUUUCAUUUCAAAUUCAUUCUAUUUCAAAUAAAAUCUGUAUGUCUUGACCGACCGCACCUAUGGUAUUGAAAGCUAAAAUUUGAUUUUUAUAUAUAGCAAUUUAUUGAAAAUAGAUUUUCAAUAAUUAUAGGUUUGCAUAAAACGACAUGAAAUCUUAGUUAGUUUGUUGAGUCGUUCUUAUCUAAUUGGCUAAUUUACACAUAUGAAAGCGUGGAAAGGACAUGAAUAGUUCAUUCUUAAUUUUUUUAGUUCUCAUUUGUUCUUGACCGAACAGUUUAACUCAGUACAGACAAAUCGAACAUCAUUAAAUGUCCAGAGUAGGUGUUCAAUACUGACAAGUAAUGAAAAAAAUACCAUUAUUACUUUGAAGGAUAUUCUGCUCAUGGAUGAGAUGCAAUCAGAGGGUCUUGUAACCUCAAAAUUGAGACCUAAACUGGAAGACUGCCAUGUUGCUGUCAAAAAUAUCAAAGCUCUUUGGAAUAAGGUAUAAGGACAAAAAAAAAUAUCAACUGAAUUAUCUACGGUCUUUAAAGCCAAAAGUAACAUUUGUAGUUACUCUUAAUCAGAAUAUUGAGAAGAAUGACUAAAUUGAAUACCUCAAUUAUUUUCUUGUCUAGUAGGUCUCACGCUAUCCGAGGCUAUUUUUAAUCACUUGCUCGUGGACAGCUUAUCGUGAAUUGUUUCACAUAUUUCUCUUAAAACUUAUUUGAGCAUGUUGUUUUUCAUUGUAAUCUAUGGUUUCAUUUUCAGAACUUACAAUCCCCAACUUUGGAAAACGUUUCCUUCAAAGUGUCAAGUGUAUGUAUUUAAACUGUCCUAAGUGUUUAAGUGUGGGUUUGGACAUCCAGGGUCACUUACGGAAACAGUCUAAUUUGGGCUGCAGUUUUUGACGAUCGAUGGAGUUCGAAAGUUCUUGUGGGUUUUUUGAAGUCAUUAAAUCGAUUCUUCUUGUAGCGUUAGAUGUAAGUCCUACUGACAGUUUCACAAAAAGUUAGACUUAACGUUUGAGUAUUUUCUGCUUGACGUAAGAUUGUUCAGAGCGAAGUUUAGAUGAAUAAGAGUUCAACUUUGUUUAAAAAGUGGUCCUCCCAGAGUUGGUAAAUUAUAUACAUUUCAUCUUGAUGUAGGGUGAACUUCUGGGAGUGGUUGGUGCUGUUGGAUCUGGCAAGGUAUUAAUUCAAUAGUUUUUUUUUAUAAUUCAAACUCUUCUCGAUCCCUUUAUUACGAUCCCUUCAUUUUCUUUCUUUCGUUGAGGGGUACCGAAAAAACCCUGAUUCCUCCUCUGAAGAUUGUGUAAUUAUAUACCUCAACCGUAUAGGCUGCGCUUGUAACAUAAUGUUAUUUAUCAGUUAGGUUUUUUGAUCAGUACUAAUCGUUUCUUGACAUUUACCUUUUUCAAUUAGUCCUCCCUGCUGAUGGUAAUACUGGGUGAACUUCCCUUGACUGAGGGCUCUAUAACAGUAAAAGGAAAAAUUGGCUACUCUUCACAACAGGCUUGGGUAUAUAAUGGCUCACUGCGCCAGAACAUACUCUUUGGGCAGAACUAUGAUGAGGAUAAAUUUAAAGAAGUUACUAAAGCUUGUGCUUUGGAUAAGGUACAUGUACUGCAUGCAGUUGGUUUUCAAAAAAAGUUAUUUUUUUCUAUUUGUUUUGAAUAUUAUAUCUUUUCCACUUUACUGAAUUUUUUUGUCUGGUUGGUUCAUUUCAGAAGAUCUCAAGCUCGAUUCCAUCAAAAGUUUGUCGAUUUUGAAGUUGCAAUGGCUUGAUACGAUAUUUUUAAUGUUUUUUAUUAUCCCAUGUCAUUUAGGAUAUUGAAUUUCUCCCAGAUGGUGACAUGACAUUUGUAGGGGAACGAGGAGUGUCACUGAGUGGAGGUCAAAGGGCAAGGGUCAACUUGGCAAGGUAUGACGUAUGUUACGCUAUCAAAAGGUCGCGGGAACUAAACCAUCAAUGGGCUCAAAAAGCUACUUCAGUAUGCCGGACCAGCAUUACACUUGCACAUUCGUUACUGCUGCAGUACCUCUGUCCAUAGAAAGCGUCAACAGAAUGCGAAUGCCAGGUAUUCACUGAGGAGAAAAGACCUUUGGCUCAAGAUCGAUGUAAUCUGCAAUCUGUUGGGACUUUCUUGUGAGGAUAUUAAACGGCCACUUACAGUUAUUACAAUUUUGAGGAGUGUCGCGAAAAAGAUCAAGAAAGCAUGUUAAUUAUCGGAAGAAUAUGGCAGAUAUACAGAUUAUAGUGUUCAGCUGAAAUAAUUAAAUCAUUAAAACAUGUGAAAAUGUGAAAGACCACGCAGUUGAGUAGGAUUUUUUUUUUCUCUCAGAGCAGUGUAUGCCGACGCAGACAUUUAUUUGAUGGAUGAUCCACUGAGUGCUGUAGAUGCUGACGUCGGUCGACACUUAUUUGAAAAGUAAGAAGAUAUAAAGUACUUUCACCUGCUUAGCCGACCCAGUAGAAUAAAAAAUUUAAAAGAAUUUGGCCAAUCAAAUGUUACAAAAAGGAAUGACUACUGUGGCCAAUCUCCUUUGCAGCCAGCACUCAUGUGUCCUCUCGAAAGAAACCUGUGAAAAAGGUAUUACGGUCACUGAUUACGAACAGUGAUCAUUUAUUCUUCUUUCAAUAUAAGCCAGCUAAAUUGUGCUAGAGAACAGAAUUUUUGGUGAAGUUUCAAAAUUUUUGAUCAAUUAAUACCCUUAGCACUGCGAAGGUUAUCAAAAAUCGAAAAUUUCUUAGAAAUUCGCGAAAGAACGGAGUAAGUUCUCAUUUGAAUUUUUCAUCAAAGCAGCUUGUGUGUGUGUAUGUGUGUGUUUUUUAAAUGUCACAUCCAACCUUUUGAGAAACCUUUCAAAUUCCACAGUCAUCAUCGUUUUUGGACUGUGGAUACUAGCUAUAGUAGCAUGACUGCCCGUGUUUUUAUUAAGGUGCAUCUGUGGAUAUUUGGCAAAGAAGCCACGCAUCUUAGUAACUCACCAACUGCAGCACAUUGGAGAAGCAGAUGAUAUAAUCGUUUUAGAUAAGGUAAUACAUCAGCUGUUACGUUUCGUAACGUUUAGUUACGGAGGAAGAAACAUUAAACCUGAAUCAAAUAGAGUGAGUUAAAAAUCCUAAGUUUAACAAAUUCGUUAAAAAUCAAAACGUUUAGUCAGUUGAGCUGAUAAUUUGAAGUUUCAAUAAUGACACAUUUAUGUGCAUGACUGUAUUUUGGAAGGGCCCAAUAAUGGUACAUUCCUCUUCUUCUACAGUUAGUACGAGUAAUGCACUUUACACUACGCUGCACAUAGUCUGGCCCACGAACAAUUCCUCUAUAGCUCAGUUGAAAGAGCGUGCGAACUCCACUUCAGAUAUGGCUGCCUUUGGUUGGUAUCUUCCCGGGGGACUGAGUGAAACUACGUCACUUUCUUCCCAAAUGCAUCAUCGUUGAUAACUUUUGUUUUCCGUUUUUUAAUUUAAAGGGAAAAGUAGUCAAUAAAGGACCCUAUAAAGAACUCUCUUUAUGUAAAGGAAGUGCAAACAUUAUGGAAUGUUUGAUGAAUCCUGAAACAGAGGCAGGUCGUGAAGUGGAAGCAAAAGAUGCUGAAAGGCUGAUGAUUGCUCGGCAGCUAAGUCGACAGGAAAGCUUCCCAUGCCAUCGCCUAAGUAAAAUUGCUGACAGUAAUUUUUCCAUUGUGUCUGCUGCCACAACAUUUUCUGCUUACGUAAGUCUUUGAUCGCUAUUCCUUCCCGUUCACAUCUUUUAAAGUACAUCAUGAUGCUCACUUAUAUUGUGCAAAAUCAGUUUUAAAAGUAAUAUAGCAAUCGAAGAGAUGAUUUUUAUUUUAAAUUGACUUUAUGUAGGGUUAAAGAACUCACCAAAGCAAUAAACAGCCACUUAAAUUUAAAUCUAGCUGUAGUGGUUCCGCUUUACGUGAGCGCUCUAUAUGGUAGAGGGCAGUCCGUUGGAACUCAGUAAAGGGUGACCACGACCGCUUAAUAGAAGUGACCGCUAAGUAGAGGUGAAAAUUACAGUGAUUUCGGGGGAAAUUUUCGGGACUUUGAGAACUGACCGCUUACUACAGGAUGACCGCCUAAUACGAUGCCGCUUAAUACAGGUUCGACUGUACCAUUGAGAUACACUGUGUGAAUUAAAUAGAGAAAGACAGCUACUGUCACGGUAUCCUCAUAAAGGUUAGCUUUGGUAUUAAAGGAUUGAGGGUUGAGUAGCUACGGCAACUCUCACCACAUAAUCAUCAGAGUGUCCGUCACUCGGGCCAAAAUUUAGUAUUUUUAGUUUUUUUUUAAUGCAAAUAUAGUAGAAUUUGUCCGGAAAAGGGAAACUUUCCGCAAUACAGAGGUGCCUUCUAACAAUAGAGGAACAAUCGAUUGAAGGUUCACUUCGAAUUGGAAAAGAAGGAUGUAGUUAAAUUUUCGUUUAGCAAAUGUACACGCGCAGGUACCGUUUAUGAUAUUAGGGAACUUGCUUUAAAUUGAUUUCUUUAAAUUCAGCGAUUUUCAAUUGAAUACAUCAUGUUCACCAUGCUUCUUCUACAGGACGACAAUCUACUUCCAAGAGAAGAGAAACAAGAAGGAGCGGUCAGUCCUAAGACGUAUCUGGCAUAUUUCCGUGCUUUACACAAUUUACGAACUGCGUUUGUUGUUAUUUUCUUGCUUGCUCUCUGUCAGGUAUGGAACAUUCAGUUUUGAGUUCAUUAUAUGCUCUGUAGUAAACGGCAAAGGGGCUUUUCAACGGACUAGUCUCAAUCUGGAGAUAAAUUAACCCCAAAUUGUGUUUUUAGUAUCAUUUUCCUGCAUAUAUCUUUGUACAUUCAUAUGCAGGGUUGAGGGUAAACUUGUCUAAAUGAGUCCAACAGGCUUUUGAACUCCUUUUGCAACAUGCAUCGGCCGUGGUACACUCUUAAGUAAAAUCGGAUUUGAAACGGUUCAGAUUCAUCUCGCAAUCAUUUUGAAUUGAAACACUCAACUGAGAAUGACGAUCUACAUGUGCAGAUUAGACGUUAGUGGUAGGCAUUUCAGUAUUGACGAAAUUCAGGCUCUUAAAUUCGCUGCCAUUUUUCGAAUUCUUCCUUCAGGUAAUAUCAAUGCUGGCGGACUGGUGGUUGUCUUAUUGGUAAGAAGAAAACAAUUUCUCUUUUUCUUUUUAACACGCAUUGUUACUUUUUACAGAAUAGAGGGCCUAAACCCGUUUUCGUAAAAUAGGGGCUGAAAAUUAUCAAAAUAUUUAUGUGGCGCAGAAAUCUUGAUCGGAUCCUUGGACCCAGUUCUCUAUAUCCUGAUCCUAUGUCAGACCAAGUAAUGUCAUUCUCUGUACCUGUAUUCUGACCUGGUUUCUGAGUGUUGUUCUUGGUUUCCCAAUCCAUUGCGCGUCAGAGCCGAAGUCAAGAAUCUUUAGAAUUGGAACUGGGGGCGAAAGUAUUUUCGUCACUUUUCUCUUUUUUCGUUUGGAGUUGAGGACAAAGGAACUUAUGCAUUUUUCUUACCCCUCGAUGUAAGGGUUACAAUUCAGGUGGCUCUGAUCUUUCUUGACACAAGAGUUUUUGCAUAGAUGAAUCGUACCAUGCUGGUUACCGUUAAAUAAAAGAAAACGAUCAGUCACCUAACUCGUUUAUAAUUUACAUAAUCAUAAAGCCAAAAUCAAGCCCCCUUGGUACAAAGUUCUCUCUCUCCCCAGCCGUAUAUUUUCGAAAUACUUCUGGCUAAUUCUGUGUUCGAUACUAUUUUCUUAAAAAAAGACUGAGACAAAAACAGUAAAUGGCGAAGUGUCGACUCAUCGGAAAAAGAUCAGAGUUGAAAGAAUGAGUGAACGUACAUUUAAGGGUGCGUUCGAUAUGCUGUAAAAGGACUUAUAUCUAGCAAGGGUAAAUGUGGUGUGUAAAGAAAAAUAUUUUUAUAUUAAUUGGUUAACUUUUAUUUGUUCGUGUAAAUUUUGGGCUUUUGUUAGCAUCAAAAGGUGCCCAACCUCCGCCCCAACAAAAACUAUGGGUUAAAAGAGUGAAGAUGAAUGACCUUAUUGGACCGACGAAGGCCUUUGAAAGUCAUGUGUAGUGGCAACACUUGUACCCAGGGCUGCUAUUUUUUUGAAAAGGAAAGGCUAAAUGACAAGGCUGUAUGGGGAUUACUCCAAAAAAAUUUUAUUUCCCUUGCCUGAGGAAGUCAUCAAGUAUUUCUGCGAAUGCAUAUAGUAAUUACAUGUAUAUAAAGCGCUUUCAUGCUGCCUCAAGACUAUUAUAGUCAGAAUCUGUACUCAUAUAAAAUAACGUGUGCUUGUUUGUUCUUCGUGUGAUUGCCUGUGCUAAUAUGAUUAUACUGACUUCUGAUGACUGACUAACUACUUCAGUUUUUUUUCGGAUGAAAUUUUACCUUCAGUUGUUGUUUCUGAGGGCGGCUGUGUACCUUUUCCCUUCUUUAGGUAACUGCAUAAUGCACACCUGCCUUUAUCUUUUUCUGUUGUCUUGUGUUGAUGCAGGUCUAAUACAGAGGAAUCAUACUUCGUCGCUAUAAUGCUUCAGACUGGCAAUUCCACGGCGAGUGCUGCAUCAGAACCCGACCGAGGCUUGCUGUUAGGGGUUUAUGGUGGUUUUGUAAUAGGAUUGUUUUUGCUAUGUCUCUUUUCCACUGAGCUGUUCUACACACUGACAGUAGUUGCCUCAAGGAACUUGUACGAAAAAAUGUUAAGUAGUCUUCUGAGGGCACCCAUGUACUUUUUUGACAACAAUUCCAUAGGUGAGGAACGUUUGGAUCGAUAGAUGUUCGGUAACAUCAAAUGAAUAAUUAAAGUGGAACUUGUUCUAACAAAAAAUAACGAAGUUGUUAUUAAAGCAUUUAGUCUUUACUUCUGUGAACCGGCUGAAGGUGCCUCUUUGAGGAAGAAUUUAAAUUUUUUGCUGAAUUUCGCCCAGAGUUUGAAGAGCUCUGAUUACCAUUCAACUAAAGGUGUAUUUAAUUUUUGAAUGGUGAACUCAAGAUCGAGAGGUCUGGGUGUUCUUUUUGUGUAACGGCGAACUGCCUGGGAGACCGCACCAAAUACCGGGGGAAGGGUUGAGCUGCAAUGGACUGGCAUCACAUCCAUCCAGGGGGGGAGCCAACUGGCUCCAUUGCUGACCGUAGUUUUUAUACCCUACUUUAUGUAAUAACCCAGACAGUUUAAUGUACUCAUGCUAUUUCAGGGGGGGAGGGCACACUCCGCACGAUUGCUGACUCUAAUUUUACAUCUUACGUUAUUUAAUAACCCAGAUAGUUUAAUGCACUCCUGGUAGAAUAUUUCAAGUACUUCUUUCCGCACCAGAUGGGUCUGACGCAAUACUCUAUGACACAAUAAUUCAUACCAAUGUUUACCUGUUACAGGGCGAAUCUUAAACAGAUUUGCGAAGGACAUUGGAAUGGUAGACGACUUGAUGCCUAUGAUCCUAUGUGAUGUUUUGCAGGUAGCAUUGAUAUUAUUACUAAGUAUAGUUGUACUGCAUGGAUAAAGGGUGAGAUUCCGUUAUCCACCUGUGGCCCGCUGUUAGUUUUAAAAGUAAUUUUAAUUCUUGGUUUAAAUCUGUUUCUGUUUUUAGAUCUUUUUUUGAAAGUAUUUUGAGAUACCUACAUCCUUAGGAAUAACAUAUCGUACCCUGUUACUAAAUCAGUAAACCCUCACACUCUUUCCUUCUCAGGCACCAGGUAAUUGUGCCUCAUUCAGUACGGAGGGGCACAGCAUUCAGUCACUUCUUUGUACAAAUCUGGUUGUUGUAUCACACAAUUUAUGACCAGUCGUAUAAAUGAAAGACUAAUUCCAAAAAUCGAUUCGAUCGAAAUAGUGAGUAACGCACACAGGACCAGAGAAUUGUUUGGAAUGACGGCUCGUUUAGAGCAACAGUGUUAAGUGGACAACGGAUAGGGUAAUGAUCACCGUCUAAAUAUCAAAACAUUGCAACCAACCGACUUUUAAGAUUUAAUCACAACUACAAUGUGUCUGAGAAGGAGAGAGUGAGGGUUUACCGGUUUGGUAACUUGGUAGACAAAUAUUACAUGAGGUUGCAGGGUCCUUUGAGACACCCUAUCAAAGCUUCUCACAGAAAAGGAUUGAACCAGUAGACUCAAUUUGAAACAAAGGCAGUGUCAUGUUAAAUAUUCUUCCCUUGGGUAGACUGACACACAGCUGAAGCACUACUAACGAAACAUUGUCUUCUUUGAAAUGUUGUGGUCACCGUUAGACAUUUCAUGCGGCACAAUUCAUGAAUUAAUGAAGAUACAGAGUGAAGAUUUCAUGAAUUAUUUUCCUGUGACCUCUACCUUAUUUCCUCAAAAAAUUGCCCACGCUCUGACGAGAGACCUCCCCUGAAUAAGCGCCUUCCCAUCAGCCAUAAUGUCAAACAAGUGUCCCCCGCCUCCCUCACUUUCCAAAGUAUUAACGAUACAAGGAAAACCUGUUUUAUCGCCACUUUAAUUUAAAACUUUUUAAGCUUUAAUAACAGCGGAAUCAGUACAGGAGAAUAGUUUCUUGUCCGUUCCUGUUAUUUCUUUUCCCAUGUGCUUACAGAGUUCUUUUACGUACAAAAACUGUUCUUUUUCUUUUCGUGUUAUUGCUCCACUAACUUGAUAAGCGGCUUCCCAAAUUAAGCGCCUUCCUUCGAAUAAGCGCCUCUCCGUUUAGCCGAAUUCUUAGAUUAGCGCCCGGGUGCUUAUUCGAGGAAAUACGGGAAUUAUCGUAGUUUACUAACUGCUGUUGAUUGUGGUCUGGUUUUUUUUUCUCUUGCAGACCGGUUUAAUGUGUCUUGGCAUUUUAGGACUAGUUGCUGUCAGUAAUCCAGCGACAUUUGUCAUAAUUGUACCUGUGACCAUUGGUUUUGUUUAUUUGAGGAAUUAUUUCAUGAAGUCGUCUCGAGAAAUCAAGCGCAUUGAAGGAAUAAGUAAGGGAACUACUAUUGCUGCUCUUCACUUACGACAAAAAAAAAAUGCACCAUUUCUAUACUUUUUACUCCUUUAGGUCGUAGUCCACUAUUUGGUCAUUUCUCCACCACCCUUCUCGGUCUGGACACUAUACGUGCCUAUGAAGUGGAGGAGACUUUUACAGAACAAGUUAAUGGUUAUCAAGAUGCUCAUUCAAGAGCAUGGUUUUGUUACUUGGCGGGUCAAACGUGGUUGAACUUUAGACUGGAAAUGCUUACUGUUCUGUUUCUAGCCUUUGUUGCUUUUGUAUCUGCAGCUUUAAAAGGAAGUAAGUAAGAUGUUCCAAUGACUUUGGUUCACCUUUUAGUAUAUGUAGGUGUCUUCCUUUGAAGACAAGAACUGUGGUUUUGCACUGAGGUUUGGCUUCUUUUUUUUAGCAUGGAAGUUUGAAGACUAAUUUUCAGAUUCUGGAAAAAAAGUAUAGAAAUUUAUGAAAAAGUUCUGAAAGAGUGUGAAGACGUCUCGAGUUUCUUUCAAAGCUGUUAUAAGUUUUUGUAAGAAUUUCAAUUUUGGAACAAGCUUUCGACAACUGUAAUUCUGUUUCGACCAUACGAUAAAGUCACGACCGUAAGUGUGGAGCAAGACUUCAUUUUGUAUUCAGAAAGUUGUGCAAACCCUGCACUUCCUGUCCAUAUGUAAAUACACGAGAUUGAUCAAAGUCGGACUGAUUGCUGCUUUUGUUCAGUUUCUUUAAUUGUUUUCAUUUCUGUUGCAGCUGUAGAUCUCAGUGCUGGUGUUGUUGGUCUGACUCUGACGUAUUCAAUCAUGUUAACCUCUGUCUUCCAACCAUUUAUUGAAGGGAGUGCUGAACUUGAAAAUCUUGUGAGUCUUUUGUUGAGGCGAAUCUAGUAGGAUAAGAACAGUAGCGUAUUGUGAAAGAUCCAUUGCAAGGUUUUAUCUAUUUUAUUGUAAUAUGUACUUUUCCUUAAACGGACGAUCGCAUGGUAAGGUUUUAGUGAUUAGCUAACCAUUGAAACGUAUAAUUAACCCAUUGUUGGGACAUCCAUAGCUAUCUUCCAUCCAACAUUACAGUCCUAAGUCUGUUUUUUUUAUUCGUAAUUAGAUGACCUCUGUAGAGCGAAUCGUGGAAUACAUCAACCUUGAAGCUGAAGCUCCAGCCGAAACUGUUACGAAACCUAAAGAUGAUUGGCCAUCUCGUGGACAGAUUGACUUUGAUGAUAUGUCAUUCAGGUAUCACCGCAGCUUACCAGAUGUGCUACAUCACAUCACGUGCACUAUCAAACCCAGUGAAAAGGUUAGACCUCUGCUCGUCUCUUUGAUAGUUUAUUUUGAAGACAAGAUCACCCCAGCUUAACACCGACUCCGCCCUGUUCAUUCAGUAGACUAGAAACGUUAUAGACUCCGGAAUUUACCACGCAUGGAAGUAAUUAGUGAUCAAACCCUGCUAAUAUGUCUUUAGUGAGUCUUCGCAGUAAUCGCCUUUCGCUACAUCAAGUAAUGGGCUAUCCUUUGAUAGGCUUUCGGUCAGUGGAAAUGAGCGACAAAAUUUGGCCAGAGAAAAAUGGUGGUUGGUUAAUGGGAUUAUAAGUCCGGCUAGUAUUCUGGCUCCUUUUAAGCGCUGUAUGUGAGAUUGUAUGCUUUAAUCCCCAAAGGACCUGUAGUGCUCCUUUGCUCCUCCCGAUCAUGAUAAAUUACCUCAGAUGGCCUCGUCUGCUCUGUGGAUGCAACGUUAGUGUCAAGUCUGAUGCGAGUAAUCUAAAGGGAACAGUUGAUCAUGUUUUUCGUUACUACAACGAUAAGCUUAGUUUUCUUACUUGCAAGGAGUUCCAAGUAUACUUUCAUAGGAAACAUAGCACAUACAUUGCUUUCUUGGAAGCUAAUGGUAAUAAUUUUUAAAAUCGUUCUUAACGUUUGUUAAAAUCUUACGACACUGAAGAUGUUAAAUAAAUCAAUCUCGUGAAAAAAAACUAUUUGAAAGUUUUGCAUCGAACUUCUUUUUAAGCAACCACAUAGCUGUGAUCCAAUUCUAUUGCACGUGCUUUCGUCCUUUUAAAUUCUUGUUACUCAUGUUCUUCAUAUGGUGUGCCGUGUUCUUUAGAUUGGUGUAGUGGGUCGGACCGGUGCUGGAAAGUCAUCCCUUAUCUCUACACUGUUCCGCUUGUCAGAACCCCGAGGUAAAAUUGAAAUCGACGGUGUCAAUAUCCAGGAACUUGGGCUGAAAGACUUAAGAAGCAAAUUAUCCAUCAUUCCACAGGUAAUAAAUAAAUCCAAAUUUUGUCCUUUUCUACAGAUUUCGUAGAGAGGGGUCUCCACUGCAAACUCUGGCUUUUAUGAUGAUGACGAGAAUGUUGGUAGUAAGAGUAGUGAUAGCAAUAAUUUCAAUAAUUUUGAUAAUAAUCACCGCUAUCAUUGACGUCAUCAUUAUCAUUGUCAUCAUAGAAAGCCUCAUAGUAAUAGCCCUUACAUUCAAUUUGCUACAUUUUAAGGUUCCCAUGAUGAGUUGGUUUCAGUAGUUUUUUUGAUAUUAUUCAGUAGCAAAGUAGCCAUGAUAAUGAUUUUGAAUUUACCCGACACGUGGGGGCCCAACCCCCCUCGUUGAUUCCAGUGACCAUCACAUUGUAUUGUUAAUUUCAUACAAGAACAAGCCAUGUGAUUAUGUGACGUAUCAGGGUGAGCUUCUUGACUAUGUCAUAAAACUCUGCUUCCCCCUUCCCCCUCUCCAUGACAUGAGCUUCUUAUCUGUGAAUCUCUUGGGACUUGGAGGAAUGGGGCACGCGGUGAACCCGGUAUGGCUUGGAUUCCAACCGUCUAACCAUUCCCAAAGCUUUUCCCUUUUGUUAACAUGAUUAGGUGAUUAUUUGUUUAGGAACCGGUGUUGUUUAGUGGUCCUAUGAGAAGAAAUUUGGAUCCAUUUGGAGAACAUCUAGACACUGAAUUGUGGAACGUGUUGGAGGAGGUAAAAAGAUUACAUUGAUAAACUAAUUUCUGUUGAUUAAGGCAAUGGAUUUAACGUUGAAUAUCUAAAUUGUUUCCUUCAGGUCCAGUUGAAAAACGCUGUUGAGGAGUUGCCAAACAAGCUAGAUGAAGAGCUGGGAGAAUCAGGCUCAAAUUUCAGUGUUGGUCAGCGGCAGCUUGUGUGCCUGGCACGUGCAAUUUUAAGGCAUAGUCGUAUUUUGGUCAUUGACGAAGCCACUGCUAAUGUUGAUCAGAAGUAAGUGUCCUGACACUUGACUUUUCCAACAUUGGAGUGUUUCUUUAAUGAUCGGUGAUCCUGUAAUGAAUUUGAUAAUGAAAAAUUAAAGAUUGCCGUUCAUGGAAUAUGUUCUACAACUGACUUACCCUCCUAUAUGCAUUUUUCAGGUCAAACUGUUACAGCACCUACGGAAGUCGUUACUUUGGAAACUUUGCGAUGUUUUCAAAUCAUUUAUCCUUUUUAUUUCUUUACGUAAUUCUACGUUUUUUCAGGACAGACUCUCUGAUUCAGACCACCAUCCGCGAGAAAUUUAAGCAUUGCACAGUGUUGACGAUAGCUCAUCGUCUCAAUACCAUUAUCGACUCCGACAAAGUACUGGUAGGAGGCUAUGUAGAUGUUGAUAGAUGAUACUUUACAGUCUCCUUCAUUCCAUAUUUAAUUUACACUCGACGUUACCUUUUUCUUACCCUAGGUGUUAGAUGCUGGUCGCCUCAAAGAGUUCGAUGCGCCUUAUGUUCUUCUAAAAAAUCCCCGUGGUAUUUUUUGUCAACUUGUGGAACAAACAGGUCCUGUUGAAGCAGGGAGAUUGUACGAGAUCGCAAGGGAUAAAUAUAACCAAAAACAAGUAGCCAUACUGGAAACAGAUGUCAUUAAUGACAACGAAUCACAGGAAGAAAAGAAACCGGAAGUGUCGGUCUCACUGCCACCUGCUGAUGACAGUCAAUCCAUGCCCCUGCCACAGUCUGAUGAUGAGUCACAAAAACCAAAACUCUUGCCUGCAGGUGAAGUUGAACAAGAGCCGGACUCCAAACAUUCACAACUGUCAUCACUAGUACACGUUAAAAUUUAAAAAAAAGAAAAAGUGAUUCACCUUUUCCAGAACAAGGCUGCAUGUCAACCUCAGGUUUAGAUUCUUUAGCGGAGUUUCCAGGGCUAAAAAUUGGCGGUCGCACGGUCGCCAGUGGCGAGUUAAAACUGACUAGGGCCACCAAAAGUUAAGGUUUGAACGCCCGAUGUGCGACUACGCUACAGAAUUUCUAAAAAGUUUCAAUGUAAAUUAUGCGAAGUACAAAGUUAAAAAUAAAACUCAAUAUGUAGUUUAAUUGGACUACCUUUCUCUUUCUUUGCCUGGACUGAAGAUCAUCCAUUUCAGUGAAUUUUUAGUUCUGAAGUGGAAAUUCCGAGCCGUUUUAAUAAUGAUUUCACGAGCGAUCCAUUUUCACAAUGUAUAGACGCCAUUUUGAUUUUGUGAUUGCCACAUGACUCUAGACUUCUGUGUUCUUUCCUUUUAGUUAACACUCUGUUAAAAGGUAAGGGGCGUUUAUUCAAGUUUUUCAUUUUAAACUAGAGGAAAUCGAUGGCUACUUCAUUUUGGGAUGGACCACUAAGAAUUUAAGGAAACUGGCCCGACUGGCCACCUAGCACUGGAAUUAAUUUUUAGCCCCGAGUUUCGUAUUUAAAAGGAACACAAAACGGCUUGUUAACUUGUUUGAAUUGCGAGUUACCGACAAAGCACUAGUCUGUAAAUGGAUAGUUGAAAUAAGUCAAUUUUUUUAGAGGAUAUUUUAUAGCAUAUAUUACUGUUCAUUUUAGUAAUAUCUUAACGAGAUGAAACCCUCCAAAUAUUCAAAACUCAAUAAAACUACAACCUGC